AUGGAGAAGGAUUUGGGACACCCCACUUCAGCUUGGGAGAAGGUGCAGUUAGUGCUGUGCACAGUUGAUCCACAGCGCAUAUCUGAUGCUCUGGGAUGCCUUUGGACGGGCUACAUGGGACUGGUGCUCGCUCUGAAGUACAAAUUCGCGAGGACCGUUGCCUUUGCUCAUUCCAUAGGCGAUCACUUGCGUCCACUCGCUGCGAAAGCACUGGCGCCUGCUGCUCUUGCAGUUACACCCCCUGAGUACCGUCAGUGGAUCGAGCCCACCAUCAACCUCAGCUGCAAGGUGGUUGCCAGCGCUGCUGCUUGGAAACUGCAGCAAAUCAUCUCCUCCGUGCAGACGGGUGUUGCGGGAGGAUUGCUUGUUGGCAGGACACGUGCCAUCGCUAGGGCUCGCACGCUUGGGCGUGCACCACGUUAUCCAUGA